AUGUUAACCGAAAACCAAACUUCUGUGGAUGUGGAAGAGGUUCCGUGUCCUGAUGCUGUUCCCCACACAUGUCACCGUAUUACCGAGAGACUUUGCAGCUGUGUGAUUCAACACCUCCACAGACAGUGCGCAAAAAUACUCGCCGGUAGCUGGAGUUCCGCCGAAAAUGUAGUCAUUGAAAAACUGAGGUUUGGGCAACCUGGCAGUAUACCAGCCCUCGUGCCCCCGUGUGGCAUGGCAGCUAGGCACCGAAAGGGUGCUACGGCUGAACAACUGUAG